GUCUAAAUCACGGAGGAUUGAAAAAAGGCAUACAAAUAAAAAUAUAUUUAGAUAAACUUAAUACAUUAACUAUCGUGUCCGCAUUUACGAUGGGUGAGGAAAAUGCUGCGUGAUGGUCUCGUUCAACUACAUCUCCCACGGUGCACCUCUCUGUUUCUAUAUGAUGUACACGCUAGGCGACAGUAAUCGCUCCAAAAACAGAAAAUACGUUCACUGUAAAAAAGGUAUUUUCUUAACCAGGUGCACACAUUUCUGAGUUGUUACUCACAUUGUUCACUAGGAAUAUAUACUUGUUACACAAAAGUGAACGGAAAUGUAAGUUGUUGGGUUUUUUUUUUCCAAAUUUCGCGCGGUUUGCUGCGCCACUAACGAGAUUAGCCGAAUGACAUUUUAGCUUGUAAUGUUGCUCCAACUGGGGCUUCAGUUCUGACAUAUGAAAUAAAACUUGUCUGUUAAAAUGGAGGUGACUGAUGUCGGAAACAAAGAAGAGGGCAAGCUCUGGUGUCGAAAACCAGCACCUGGGAAAGGCGUAUUGUUGACGGUGGUCCGUAAUGCUCAUCAGACUAAGAUACGUUUCCUCCAUGCAGCCUUUGACACCACUGGAGAGUCCUUCCUGGCUGGCGAUCACCAUGGCAACAUCUAUGCCUUUGACAUAAGUAGAAAUAGAUUUCGUCUUGUGCAGAAGACGGGACAGGCCUGCACUGCUUUAGCAUUCUGUCUCCGCAGGACCACAGAGUUCCUGGUGGCUCUUGUUGACAACACGGUCAAGUGUUUCGACAAAGACACAAAGCAGCUGAUCAGUUGUAUGCGGGGCCAUGAGGGGGCUGUUUCAUCCAUCUCCAUCCACAGCUCAGGCCGCUACGCCAUCACCACUUCCUCGGACACCGCUCAGCUCUGGGAUUUGGACACCUUCCAGAGGGAGAGAAAGCUCAACGUCCAACAGUCAGUUGGCAUACAGAAGGUGUUCUUCCUCCCCCAUAGGAACACCAUCCUCAGCUGUUUCAAUGACGACUCCAUCUUUGCUUGGGAGAGUGGCACACUCGUGUGUAAAUAUCAGCUUCCAGUCCCCGACUGCGGACCCCGAAUCUUUUACAAGACUUUUGCUGUGACAGGAGAUGGUAAAACCCUGGCAGCCGGAGGGCGCUCAAACCUGCUGCACCUGUGGUGCCUGGAACCCAAAGAGCUGGUCAAUGUGAUCCAGAUGCCAGCGCAGGUUCGGGCUGUCAGACAGUUGGAAUUCCUUCCUGACAGCUUCGAUGAAGGAGCCAGUCAGACAUUGGGUGUGUUGGGCCAAGACGGCGUGAUGCACUUCAUUAACAUUCACACCUCCAAGCUGCUUUUUCACAUCGGUUCGCACAGCAACGCCAUCACCGGUGUGACCGUCAGCCCCACUGGUCGCCAUGUGGUGGCCAUCUUGGACAAUGGCGGCAUCAGCGUCUACAGCGUUCAGAGUCUCACGCAGGAAUUAAACAAGCCUCCUCUCCCACAGUUGGUCGUCAUCCCAGGUGGUACAGCUAACCAGGAACCGUCAAACCUAAAGGCCAAGGUCCAAUCAGAGGCAGGACAAAGACAAACUAAAAACAAGGGUCGGGCGAAACGAGUACAGAUCCACACCCCCUCUGCUGGGUCGACAGUUGAGGAUAAAGAGAACCAACUCCCUGGUGGUCUGAACAAGAAGCGGCUGGUGGCUCUGCUUAAAACAUUUGGAGAAUAUCCAGCAAAAUACAGGAUGUUUGUGUGGCGAUCCUUGUUAUACCUGCCUGAGAACUAUGCAGCAUACAGCAGUCUGACUGAUAAAGGCCUGCACUCAGCCUACCUCACCCUCCAUGAGAAGUAUCCCAUCAAAAGCCAGAAGCUCCAGAGGGGGCUGCAGAGGGUUUUGUCUGCAUCAGCUCACUGGGCCGCCAUCUUUGGAGAGGUAGAGUACCUUCCGCUGAUAACCUUCCCAUUUGUGAAGCUCUUCCAGAACAAUCCCAUGGUCUGCUUUGAGGUGGUGGCCACUGUUUUAGUGAACUGGUGUCAGCACUGGUUUGAGUUCUUCCCCAACCCUCCUCUGAACGUCCUGAGCAUGGCGGAGAACAUUCUAGCUCACCAUGACAAGGAGCUGCUGCAGCACCUGGUGGAUUGUGGCAUCACGUCACAGCUCUACUUGUGGCCCCUCUUGGAGACUUUAUUCUCUGAGGUUUUGACACGUGACGAGUGGCUCAGACUCUUUGACAACGUCUUUUCGAACCAUCCGUCCUUCUUGCUGAUGGCGUGCGUGGCCUACCUGAUGUGCUGCCGGGAGCCGCUCUUGCUGUGCUGCCAGAAACAGGACUUUGAGUAUUUUUUCCACCAUCGGAACAACUUGAACACGGAAGACAUGAUUAAAGAGGCCUAUCGGUUGAUGAACAACACGCCGGAUGACAUUCAUCCCAGGACGACGCUUUCUGACUUCACACCGCUCACCAAAGGCCAGUACCCCUUGUUCAACAAAUACCCAGAGUUCAUAGUGGAGUAUCAGAACCGCGAGAAGGAAAAGAUUCGACAAGAAGAGAUGGAGUACCUCCAGGAGAGGCAAGAGGUAUCAAUGCUGCGUGCAGAUUUAAUGCAACGCCAAGCGGAAGACGACGCCUAUUUUGCACAACAGGCGCUCCUGCAGAAGGCUGAAGAGCAGCGCAGAAACAUUCUCGCACAAGAGGAGGCCAAACUAACACAACAGAGAAAAAAGCUGACAGCCAUGAAGAGAGAGCUAAAGUUGAAUGAGUUGCAGCUGCUGGAUGCAAAUAAAAAACGUCUCCUCAAACACCAGCAGGACCAUCAUGUCUCACAGAUACAAAAACUGGACCAGGAAAUCAGGAGAAAGAUGGAUCUACGUGAGCAGGAAACAGCAGCAGCACUCCAGGAUCUGGAAAUGAAGCAGAUGGAGCUGGAGAUACAGCGCAGGCAGCUUCAGCAGCAACUGUGCAAGGAGCAGUUUCGCAUAGAACGGCAGGUUGAAGAAGAGGCGCAGCUGUUGAUGAAGAGUGCAAAAAAAGAGGAGCAGCUGCAGGGUGCAGACGCAAACAAGAAGGCGCUAGGAGGCUUCCUGGCGGAGGCGUGCCAGCCGGGCUCCGACUCCAGCUGGCAGCGAGACGUGGCCAAGGGCCCGCCGCACCUCGACUGGCUGCAGAGGAAAAGAGAGAGGUUGGCCGUGUUUGACAGGCGAGCGCUGGCAGAAGGGGACCGUCUCACGGACACCUGGAGAGAUACGGCUGGAAGGGAGUGGGAUGAAGUUGUGAAUGACAGAGCACACUUAAUGGAGCAGCAACAGUCCCGGCCUGCAACACACACAACUCGAGGAGUUAUUUAUAGGCCCAGUUUCACAACAAGUCGUACCGAGACAGCGGACGCCAAACCAGCCAACAGCGGUGCCACGCCCAAACAAGCGGGAAGUAACACGGUGUGUCUGAACGCCAGCUCCCCUGCAGCGAGCACCUCCACCAUAUUCUCUCUGGACCGAGGCCGAGCACAUUUGGACAGCAAAGAGAGACAACUGAUAAAGGAUAUCAGGGAUCUGAGACAGAGGCUGGUCACCAGAGCCAAAGAGGGCAGCGUUGCGUAGUCCCUGCCACAUCUAACGCCACACGCCACCGCCCAGUGACAACAAGCUCCUCCUCCUAUAUGUCCACAUUUACUAACUUUUUUACAGUCACCGAAUGCAUAUUUGUAGUUUGUGUGAUUAUGUUUGCUAAAUACCUUCACUUGUGCGUAUUUUUACUUCAUAUACUUAUGGGGCACUUUGAUCGUAUUGAUUUUUAUAGGCUGUUUUACAUAAAUGCUUUUUUUUUAAAAUCACUCCACUCUGAGCUGUCAUUGUUUGCACAUAUUACUUUGACUUGUGUUACAGGGGCAACAAUAUGGAAAUAUUCCAAACAAUACGGAGGUGUGACAAAAUAUCGGCAUAUGAUGAUAUUGUACCUUAUGAUGGAUUACUGAUAGGCUCAAAGACAAACGUCUUUCACUGUUCGACCUCAGUGAGUCACCACUUUACGUGUCAUCCCUGUGGAGAUUCUCCCGAGAGCGGCAGAAAAUUAGGCGGAAGUCACAAAAGAAGAAAAAAAACAAGUGGCGGACUCGGUGAAACCAAACUGAAACACGCCAGCAGUGACGUGUGGACGGGGAUGACAAAAAGUACAUUCUUGCUAAUCACACAAUAAAAUACAUAGAAAUGUCAUAGGCACUUGCAGUACCGACGCAUCCUGAAGGGGUCAGGUGAACGUGAGCUACAAGGUGCUUGUCGCAGGAAAAGCCAGCGUUUUUUCCCCUUUCUGCUAAAUGAAAUGCAUUAAACAUACACUGCUCAAAAAAUGAAUGGAACACUUAACACAGUGUAACUCGAAGUCAAUCACACUUAUGUGAAAUCAAACUGUCCACUGAGGAAGCAACACAGAUUGACAAUUUCACCUGCUGUCGUGCAAAUGGAAUAGAC